AGCCAUUUUGGCUCGAUGCUCCGGGGGCUUUCGCCGAGCGCUUCGCCAGCGUCGCCCCGCUGCAGCCUCGGAGCGGCGCGUCGGGCCCCGCCGCGCGCUUCUGCGGGCACGGAGGCGCCCCCGCGGCCAGCUUGUUCGCUCCUGCGCCGCCAGUCGGCGAGCUGCUCACGCCCCUGGGGCCCGCGGCUCUGGCUCCGAGGGCCUGCGCGGCGGGCUGGCUGGCGCGCUGCCCGGGGCCGCAGGGGGGGAACGCUCGCCUCCGCACCGCCCUGGCCGCCCUGGCCUGGGGCCCCGCCGCCUGGGGGCGCGCGAGGCCGCGGAGGGCUCGGCGAGGCAGCGUCCUGGGCGGCCGCGCGGGCGUGUGGUGCCCGAGGGCGGCGGGGAGGUCGGCGCGGCGGCGGGCGGGGCAGCCGGACGGCCUCCGCAUGCUGGAGGAGGACGGGGAGCCGGGCCGGGGCGACGGGCGCGAGGUGGACGUCAAGGAUCGAUAUCCGCGCGUCGCUCCAGAUGCUCCGCGUGGGCCAGCCAGGCGACCGGGGCGACGUCGCCCAGCGCGUCCUUGAUCUGGCGGGCGCGGACGUCGACGGGAAGAUCUCCACGGAGAAGUGGCAGGCCGCGUGGCGCCGCCACCUCGAGGAGAGCGAGGACGACUGGGACGAGGUGAGCCAGGCGAUCGCUGCGCUCGACAUCGACAUAUUUCAGUUCCAGGACGUCAUCCGCUACGCCUUCACGAACUUCGACGAGAACGGCGACGGGAAGAUCAGCCUGGAGGAGUUCUGCCUCGCUUGCAAGACACUGGGCGUUGAGCUCAGCGCUGAAGAGUACGCAAGGAUCUUUAUCGUGCUCUCGCGGGGCGGCGAUUACAUCAAGCCAGAGGGGGCUGACCAGCAGGCGUGGCAGAGCUUCGGCCAGGGCUUCGACGCGGCACUGAAAGCGCAGUAUGUGAACAAGGGCUUUGCGAGAGCGCAGUUCGUCGUUAACGAGGUGGGUGCCCAAUGGGAUCGCGACGUGCUCUUGCCGCUGCCGGAGAGGGUGGCGCGAGCACUGGCGACGUUCUGGAACCAGGCGGAGAGCUUCUCCGACCUGGUCGAGUUCCUGCUCGACCUGGUGGGCGUCGGCAUCGCUCUGGGCUCUAUCAACGAGGAGCUGAACUGCCUCCCCGACUGCAAGGAGGGAGUCGACGUCGCCAACCUGAUCCCGCUGGUGUUCCUCUUGCGCAAGAGCCUGAGCGACGUGUUCAAGGAGGUCAGCGACAACUCCGUCCAGGACCUGGACCGGGACACGGCCGUGGCCUUCGCCACGGUCUUCAAGCCCGCGGGGGUGAAGCUGACCGCGUUCACGAGGCUGCGUGGCCAGGGCGCGCGGUGGCACCGCGUCGACCGAGGCCAGGCCGUUCCCUACCUCUCCUGGGCCAACGGCAGCAGCCUGCAGCUCAUCGUCCGGGGAUCGAUGAGCCUCAGCGCCCAGGGGAACGUGGCCGGCCUCAGCGAGACCGUGGCCGUUCUGAAGGCCGGCUCCUUCAUCGGCGGCGCCCAGUUCAUAGGCGCCGAGGACGGCCUCGUCGCCGGCAGGAGCUCCAGCUCGCUGUUGGCGAACGAGGACGUGCUGCUCCUCGAGUGGCCCGACGCGGCCAAGCUGAGGAGCUUCCUGGACGUCAACGAUGAUCUUCGAACACAGUUCACCUCUGUCAUCGUGAGGUCGAUGGCCGCCAGCAUGAGCCAGGUGACCAAGCAGUCGAAGAAGUUCGCGACCGAGCUGCCGAUGGCUUUCCGGAGCUUCAACUCGGGGCUGGCGACCACCUUCAACGCAGACCGGGCGACCGUGUGGAUCCACAGCCCUGCGAACAAUUCGCUGUGGACCUGGUUUGUUGCUGGGACAGGGAAGACGACGUACGUCAGCAUCCCCGCUCCGUCGGGCCUGGUGGGAGUCGCAUUCGCCAAGAAGUCGGAAUUGAACAUCCCAGACUGCUACGAAGACGACAGGUUCAACUCGGAAGUGGACAAGAAGACGGGCUACCUCACCAAGAACAUGCUGUGCGUGCCGGUAUUCGACGAACCGUCCGAGCCGGAGCGGGUCAUCGGAGUGGUGCAGCUCAUCAACAAGAUGUCGGGCAGGCCGUCCUCCACCACGGGGCACUGCAGCUUCACAGAGGCCGACACGCGUCGGAUGUUUGAGAUCCGGUGGACGCUCCAAUUCAUGAUGAAGCAGCUUGGGAUCCGGGCUGGCGCUUGAGACAGAUGCGUCCUCCUCCUCCCCCUCCUCCUCCUCCUCUUCUCCUCCUCCUCCUCCUCCUCCUCCUCCUCCUCCUCCUCCCCCUCCUC